AAAGUCGAACUUCCACGAAAAUGUUUAUGACCUGGAAACUAGUAUGUGACGAUUUGAAGUUAUAAUAAAUACUAUUAAUUUCAAACAAAAAUCUAAAAUUAAAUUAAAAAUAUAUAUAUUUAAUGACAGCUGGUCUAGCGUGCUGCAAGCAGGCGUCACAGACUGACAGUAAGUUACACGUACAGUCAUUUCUUGGUCAGUUACUGCAAUUAUCCAUUCUGUAUUGCUUCAUAUUAUGCCGAGCCGCUUAAAUGGGUUGGCAGUCUCGAACCCGAACCCUGCAAGUGUUUGACACGGAGUUAAGCGCUGAUACUGUGGAGUGGUGCCCAUUACCACAGUGGUCUCAUGUUCUGGCAUGUGGGACUUACCAACUUCAAAAAGGCGAUGAUAAGAAGACCGCAGAAGACUCUACUGCCCCGAGCAGAAUCGGUCGACUUUAUCUGUUUGACUGUAAUCCGCAACCAUCGUUCAUCCCUCCACUGACUGAGACUCAGCGGAUAGACACUCCUGCUAUACUCGACCUCAAAUGGUGUCACGUGCCGAUAUCAGAGCGCCCAUUGUUGGGUAUGGCCACUGCAAGUGGAGAAAUCCAAUUGUACAAGCUUAUGGAAACUCAGCAGGGCACGUGUGGUCUGGAGUAUGAAUUGAGCACAGAGUUGGGUCCUGACAGACUGGCCUUGUCUUUAGACUGGUCCACAGGUAGAGGUGAGAGCAGUGAUGUGCGUGUGGUGUCCAGUGACUCGAGCGGCUCUAUCACAGCGCUGUCUCUGGGGGAAGCCAGUUUAACCGCUGUGUGUCAGUGGAAAGCUCAUGACUUUGAAGCCUGGAUUUCAGCAUUCAGUUACUGGGAUACACAAAUAGUUUAUUCAGGUGGUGAUGACUGCAAACUAAAGGGCUGGGAUCUGAGAAUGGGCCCUUCUUCCCCUACUUUCACCAGCAAAAGACACACUAUGGGAGUAUGCAGCAUACACAGUAACCCCCAUCGAGAGCACAUACUAGCCACAGGAAGCUAUGAUGAGAACGUGUUGCUCUGGGACGGGAGGAACAUGAAGCAGCCCUUGAGUGAGACCGCAGUGGGUGGAGGUGUGUGGAGACUCAAGUGGCACCCUAAUCAAGAGCACCUGCUGCUAGCUGCAUGUAUGCAUAAUGAUUUCCAUAUUCUCCACUGCCAGAAAGCCAUGGAGGGACAAGAUGCACCAUGCCCAGUUCUGGCCUCAUAUAUUCUACACAACUCUUUAGCAUAUGGAGCAGACUGGUCUAGACUACCCCUAAGCAGCUUCUCACCCCCGUCUCCUCAAGAGUCUCCUCAAACCAGCAUUGGGCUCACAGAGUCUGGAGGCCAUCUCAGGAUCCAUUAUGAAUCACCCACUGCUAGCUUUGACACCUCUCUGGAGGAUGACUCAGGGCGGUACAUACCUGACCAGAGUCCUUUACCAGAAAAAAGUUCAAUUCCAGACCCCUUCACCAGCCCUGCUAGAGACUCCCAGUCUCUGUCCUGCCUGAUGGCUACCUGCUCCUUCUACGACCACAUGAUGCAUGUGUGGAGAUGGGACUGGAGCCCAGAGGAAAAACAGAAGCCAUCUGAACCCGCCCCCUCUUCCUGAACACCUUUUGAGGUUAUUUGGACCUAAACGUUUCAAUGCAUUGUGUUGCUGUAACAUCUGCAGUAUUGCUUAGUAUUCAGUAUAUGCAAUUUCGAGUGUCAUUUUUUGAUUAUAUAUUGUAGUUAGAAAAUGUAAAGGACCUUUUCUAGUUUUACAAUGAGAACCACACAAAGACCUUUUAUAACAAAUAAACCGUAACCCUUUUAUAACAAAUAACCGUAUUUCAGCCAAUAAAUGCAAGCAUCUAAAAUUGUUUUUCCAAGGUAGAGGUUUUCAGUUUUUUUUUUUUAAAUACGCCCAAAUAUAAUUAUCCUAGUGCAAGGGAACCCAAUCCUAAAAUGUAAAAAUCAUCUAUAUAGUUUCAACUUAAAUUAUGAAAAAAUAUUAUUAUUUUUAUAUGUUUAAAAUAUUAUUUGUGACCCUGGGCCACAAAACCAGUCAUAAGUAGCACGGGUAUAUUUGUAGCAAUAGCCAACAAUACACUGUAUUGGUCAUCGAUUUUUCUUUUAUGCCACAUAUUAUUAAGCAAAGAUCAUAUUCUAUGAAGAUAUUUUAUAAAUUUCCUACCAUAAAUAUAUUAAAUCUUAAUUUUUGAUUAGUAAUAUGCAAUGCUAUAAAAACUUCCUUUGGACAACUUUAAAGGUGAUUUUCUCAAUAUUUUGAGUUUUUUGCACCCUCAGAUUCCAGAUUUUCAAAUAGUUGUAUUUCAGCCAUAUAUUGUAUUAUCAUAACAAACCAUACAUCAAUGGAAAGCUUAUUAUUUUCAGCUUUCAGAAUUUCAAUUUUAAAACAUUUACCCUUAUGACUGGUUUUGUGGUCCAGGGUCACAUUUGGAAAUAUUAAUUUUUCACAGUAUAUAUUCUAUUAUUUAUUUAAAUCUUAUUUUUACAUGAAAACCCCUGUUUUAUGUAACUGUUCACUGGCAAUAUAUUAGUUUUGCUACAGGUUCGACACUU